CUCAGGUGAUUUGAACGCCUCAGCCUCCCAAAGUGCUGGGAUUACAGGAGUGAGCCACCGCACCCAGCCUAAUUCUUAAUUCAAGAACUUAUUCUUAGGCACUGGGGAGCUACCAAAUGUUUUUGAGUAGAGAAAUUACAUUUGAGUUUAUAAAGAUCACUGGCACAUUUUAGAAGGUGGAUUGAGGCAACAAGAGCAAAACUUGGUCUCCAAAACAAAAAAAAGAUGGAUUGAAAUUCAAGAGAGUGUAGUUGCAAUUAGGUAACAGGCAAUAAGAAGCUGAUGAUAAGCAUGAUUUAUUGAACAUCUACUUUGUGUCAGACAUUUUUUCAUGGAAUAUUAUCUUAAGCUUCACAUCACCCAGGUGAAGUAGACAUUACUACCCUUGUAUUACAGAUAAGGAAGCAAGUUCAUCAAUAUUGAGCGACCUGCUCAAGAUCACAGUUAUUAAGGGGCAAACUCUGGUCUACCAUGCUGGCACAGGGAAAAGGAGAAGAGAGGGUGGAUUUGAGACAUUAUGAGGCAGAUUCAUCCAAUGUUGGUGACCAACUAAGCAUGGACUUAAGAUGUGGAAAUUAUCAAAAUUAUGCCACAUUUCCAGCUUGGCACCCAGGUGGGUGGUAAUGCUGUUAACCCAGGUGGGAAACAGAAGAGUAAAGGCAGCGAGAUGACUCAGGUUUGGACAUGUUGAGUUUUCAGUGCUUGUGGGGCACCUAUAAGUGGAAGUGUCAGAAGGCACCUAAAAAUAAAGAUCUGAAGGUCAGGAGUAAAAGAAAGCUAUGGAAGAGAUCUACAACUUCUCAGGACAGACAUGAAAGUUAGAAUUAUAAGGUUAGAUCAGAUGGUUCAAGGAGGCAUAGAAUGAGGAUGCUCACCUAUUUAUAAGUCCAUGUUGCAGGAGGAGCAGGUGGCAGUUCUCAGGCUCCACUUUCCUCCCCAUUCUCUGCUCCUAAACAGUGAUUCAUCAGAAAGUGGCAUGCUGUCCCGCCUGGGUGAUUUGCUCUUUUACACUAUUGCUGAAGGACAGGAACGAAUCCCUAUCCACAAGUUCACCACUGCACUAAAGGCCACUGGACUGCAGACAUCAGAUCCCCGGCUCCGAGACUGCAUGAACGAGAUGCACCGUGUGGUCCAAGAGUCCAGUAGUGGUGGCCUCUUGGAUCGAGGUCUCUUCCGAAAGUGUGUGAGCAGCAACAUUGUGCUCCUGACCCAGGCAUUCCGAAAGAAGUUUGUGAUUCCUGAUUUUGAGGAGUUCACGGGCCAUGUGGAUCGCAUCUUUGAGGAUGCCAAAGAGCUCACUGGAGGCAAAGUGGCAGCCUACAUCCCUCAACUGGCCAAGUCAAACCCAGACCUGUGGGGUGUCUCCCUGUGCACUGUGGAUGGUCAGCGGCACUCUGUGGGCCACACAAAGAUCCCCUUCUGCCUGCAGUCCUGUGUGAAGCCCCUCACCUAUGCCAUCUCCAUAAGCACCCUAGGCACUGACUACGUGCACAAGUUUGUGGGCAAAGAGCCCAGUGGCCUGCGCUACAACAAGCUCUCCCUCAAUGAGGAUGGAAUUCCCCAUAACCCCAUGGUCAAUGCUGGUGCCAUUGUCGUCAGCUCCCUAAUCAAGAUGGACUGUAACAAAGCAGAGAAGUUUGAUUUUGUGUUGCAGUAUCUCAACAAAAUGGCUGGGAAUGAAUACAUGGGUUUCAGCAAUGCCACUACUAAAUUGGGUGUUUGCUUCAGAUUCCAGUCAGAGAAGGAAACAGGGGAUCGGAAUUAUGCCAUCGGCUAUUAUCUCAAGGAAAAAAAGUGCUUUCCUAAGGGAGUGGACAUGAUGGCUGCCCUUGAUCUCUACUUCCAGCUGUGCUCUGUGGAGGUCACCUGUGAAUCAGGCAGUGUCAUGGCAGCCACCCUCGCCAAUGGCGGGAUCUGCCCCAUCACAGGGGAGAGUGUGCUGAGUGCUGAAGCAGUGCGCAACACCCUCAGCCUCAUGCAUUCCUGCGGCAUGUAUGAUUUCUCUGGCCAGUUUGCCUUCCACGUGGGCCUGCCAGCCAAGUCAGCUGUAUCGGGAGCCAUCCUCCUGGUGGUACCCAAUGUCAUGGGAAUGAUGUGUCUGUCACCCCCAUUGGACAAGCUGGGGAACAGUCAUAGAGGAACUAGCUUCUGUCAGAAGUUGGUGUCUCUCUUCAAUUUCCACAACUAUGACAACCUGAGGCACUGUGCUCGGAAGUUAGACCCACGGCGUGAAGGAGGAGAAGUUCGGAACAAGACUGUGGUCAACCUGUUAUUUGCUGCCUAUAGUGGUGAUGUCUCAGCUCUUCGAAGGUUUGCCUUGUCAGCCAUGGAUAUGGAACAGAAAGACUAUGACUCGCGCACAGCUCUGCAUGUUGCUGCAGCUGAAGGACACACUGAAGUUGUUAAAUUCCUGAUUGAGGCUUGCAAAGUGAAUCCUUUUGUCAAGGACAGGUGGGGCAACAUUCCCCUGGAUGAUGCUGUACAGUUCAACCAUCUGGAGGUGGUCAAACUGCUUCAAGAUUACCAGGACUCCUACACACCCUCCGAGACUCAGGCUGAGGCAGCAGCUAAAGCCCUGUCCAAAGAGAACUUAGAGAGCAUGGUAUGAGCACAGGUUAUGGAUAGCCCCCGCUCAAGAAAAAGCAUUAGCUGGCCACACAUGUAAUCCAUACCCACCAAAAAUGCUAUGGAGAGCUACACUGCUUCAGUCGGGACCAAGCAGUCAUUCAGUAACUUGGGGUACUGCUUUCUAUGAGAGUCAAAAUACCCCUUCCCCUCAGCAGACAGAGUACAGUGAAGGGCUAUCUCUGGAUAGCAGUAGAGCUAUCCAGAGAGAGCGGGCUUCAAAGUACAGCCAAAUGGCUUGCCCCACUCAAAACCAUCCCAGGUCUUCAACCAGGUCUCCUCUUCCUCUGCCUGAAGAAACCAUCAUGAGAGAGAGACAGUCUGGUGGAGGGACUCUAGCUACCAUGCACAUGUAUAUAUCCACAGAAUAAGGGAAGUGGGAAUGGCUAUAUAUAUGGCUUUAGUAGUCUGGAAAGAUCUACUCCCCUUGGCCAGGAGAUGCUGCUGCUAUUGCUAACAGCAAUUUUAUAGACAGAGAAAGUAUUUUAUGUUCAAAUAAACUUUAAUUAUCAAAUCA